GAGGGAGACGGAGGCAGUCGCGCUCCAAGACUGAGAACGGAACAGCAGAAAGCGUGAGAUAGAGAGAGGAGAGAGCGAGAGAGGAAGCAGCGUGCGAGCGGAGAGGAGCAGAGGAGCUGAGAUCUCACAGCGGCGGGAUAGAGGAGCAGAGCUCAACGUUGGACAGCCGGCAACAGCGACCGCAGAGGAGCAACCGGGACGGGAUCCUCCAUCCCCAGGAGGGUGCCAGGAGGAAGCUAGCUCCCACAGCGAGGGGUCCCGUCCCAAAGGGUCUCCCCCAGCCAUGAUCCCCUGGCUCUUUGUGUGGCUCUGCUGCGUGGGACACGGGUGGUGUGCAGUCUUCACGCAGCAGCCCACCGACGUGGUGGUGGUGUCGGGCCUGCCCGUCACCCUGCCCUGCUCCAUCCCCGGUUACCACGGCAUCGUGCUCUGGGUGAAGAAUGGCUUAGCCCUGGGCGUCAACAGAGACCUCUCAGGUUACCCGCGCUACACCGUGGUGGGGGACCACGACGAGGGCGAGUACCACCUCCACAUCCAGCGGGUGGAUCUGUCGGAUGACGCCCUCUUCGAGUGCCAAGCCAUCCAGGCAGCGAUCAGGUCUCAGUCUGCCCGCGUCACAGUGCUGGUGCCCCCUGAUGACCCGGUGAUAUCUGGCGCCCCCGUGGUGAGUUUGCGAGCGGGGGACCCCCUCAACCUGACCUGCCACGCCAACAACGCCAAGCCAGCGGCAUCCAUCAUCUGGAUCCGGGAUGGAGAGGUGCUCAGUGGCGCCACGUACUCCAAGACCCUGCUCCGCGACGGGCGGAGGGAGAAUUCGGUCAGCACCCUCUACCUCCCGGCGUCCAGCGUGGAAAGUGGCCAGCGCAUCACCUGCCGAGCAUCGAACAAGGCCGUCCCCGGAGGCAAGGAGACCCGGGUCACCAUCGACAUCCAGCAUCCGCCCCUGGUCAAUCUGUCCGUGGAGCCCCAGCCAAUCAUGGAGGGGAACAUGGUCAAAUUCCACUGCUCCGCCAAGGCUAAUCCCCCUGUCACCCAGUACAGGUGGGCGAAAGGUGGCAGCAUCAUCAAGGAGGUGUCCGGCGACUCCUACGAGGUCGUGGUGGACCAUUCCUUCUUCACGGAGCCGGUUUCCUGCGAGGUCACCAACACGCUGGGCAGCACGAAUGUCAGCCGGAACGUAGACGUUUACUUUGGACCCCAGAUAGCAGCAGAGCCACAGUCCCUGCAAGUGGACCAGGGUUCGGAUGCGGUGUUCAACUGCGCGUGGACCGGCAACCCCUCCCUCACCAUCGUCUGGACGAAACGCGGCACUGGAGUGGUGCUGAGUAACGGCAACAUGCUGACCCUGCGGGCCGUGCGGCAGGAGGACGCAGGGAAGUAUGUGUGCCGUGCUGUGGUGCCCCGGGUGGGCAUGGGCGAGAAGGAGGUCUCUCUCACCGUCAACGGCCCCCCCACCAUCUCCAGUACACAGACGCAACAAGCCCUGCAGGGGGAGAAGGGCCAGAUCAAGUGCUUCAUCCGCAGCACGCCUCCUCCAGACCGCAUCGCGUGGUCCUGGAAGGAGACAGUACUGGAGUCGGGCACAUGGGGGCGCUACACGGUGGAGACGGUCAGCACAGAGGAGGGCGUCAUCUCCACCCUCACCAUGAACAACAUCGUGCCUGCUGAUUUCCAGACCAUCUACAACUGCACGGCCUGGAAUAGCUUUGGGUCCGACACGGAGAUCAUCCGUCUCAGGGAACAAGAGUCCCUGCACCUGGCCGUCAUCAUCGGCGUGGCCGUGGGUGCCUUCGUCGCCUUCAUCGUCCUCAUGGGCACACUCGGGGCGUUCUGCUGCACCCGCGCCCAAAGAAAGGAGGUGCGGCUGGUCAUGUCCUCACUUCCUGUUUCCAUCGCUGCUCACCAGAGAGACCUUGCAAGCAAAAUUAAGACCGAGAAUCUGAAAGGCGUCGUGUCGACCAAGAGCGACAUCCGGGUGGAGAUUGUGCACAAGGACCACAGCACCACACGCGACACGGAGGAGCACACCGCCAUCAAGCAGCUGAUGAUGGAGCGGGGGGAGUACCAGCAGGAGUCUGUGCUCAAGCAGCUAGAGGUGCUGCAAGAGGAGGACAAGGAGUACCAACACAUCAAGGACCCCACCAACGGCUACUACAGUGUCAACACCUUCAAGGAGUGCCACUCCACGCCCACCAUGACGCUGGGUGGCGGGAAUGCCACCAAGACCCACAACCCGGGCAGCUCCACUCUGGGCAAGCAGCGAGUGCCCACCGGCAUGUCCUUCACCAACAUCUACUCCACGUUGGGCGCCGGCCCCAAUCGCCUUUAUGACUAUGGACAGCGCUUUGUGCUGGGCGUGGGCAGCAGUUCCAUCGAACUGUGUGAGCGCCAGCGCAGCUCCCUCAGCGACUCCGGCUCCUUCCUGGACACGCAGUGCGACAGCGGCAUCAGCAGCUGCGGCCGGACGGAUGGAUACACGCCCUUCGACAAGGCCAGCAAGGCCUCAGCUUCCUCUUCCUCCCAUUACUCGCAGGCCUCGUCGCAGAACUCCGAGCUCACGCGGCCCCUGCAGAAGCGCAUGCAGACGCACGUCUAGUGGGGGGGCGCGCCGUGGCCUCCCAGCCACUAGAGGGCCUCAGCGAGCAGCCGGGUCGGGACUCUUUGUACAUGUGGUGAGGUCACCUCUGUUCCGACUGGGGGAUUGCAGUUUUCCGUGAUCAUUUUGGCCUUUUUAGCUGUCUAAACGAUUUUGAUGCACAUGCUCCAGAGCGCAUAUAUAUACUAUAAAAACAAUGCUUUUUUUGCCAAAGUAGAUCGAGCUUAAGUGUACACCUCUUUACUGAGUAGAUGCUACUUAGCAGUUUUACAUCUUUUGGGGCAGAAGGUGAAGCUCCUUUUACCAGGGAAGGCGUUCCAUUGCCUCGGAAGCCUCCACGUGUGUAUCGACCCCACCCAAUCACCUACAUCUGCCGUUCGUCAAAAGCCGUAGGCUGCUGUUCCGCUGUUCCACAAAGGCAGGAGAGGGGAACCUGCAGGUGGAGUGGAAACGGAUGGCCUGCCUCCCCUCAUCCUCCGAAGCACAAACGGAACCGCCAUGCUGUCGCAGUGCCGUUCGCAGAAAUGCGGCGAGACAGCCAGCUGACUCGGGGGGGCGGGGGGCCUCCGUCCGCCGUCCAUCUGCAGAGCUGCCGCAUUCGGAGAACCAGCGGCCAAGGCUGGCCUGUUUUCCUGCGAUUACUCUGAUGUUUUUCGUCCUCUGUUUUAUUUUUUAUCGGACGCCGCAUUAUUGGUCUGUGGAGUGGACCAUCACAGCACCACAGAUCACAGGAUUGCCCCCGCCCCCCGUCCGCCUGCCCUGCCAGGGUUGCUUUGAAAAAAGACUGUUCGUUUGAAGCACUAUCCGAUCACCUUCAGUGGAGUGAGGUUGCCUUGCUUACGUGUCUGGCAGCGGCAUGUCAUGUGUCGCCCCCUGGUGGCUGUUCCGAGACUCCCUCCCAUCUUCGGCCAUGCUGACGGAACAGCUGGGGGUGUAUCCAUGGCCCGAUCCGGCUGGUCAUCACGAGGCAGUCCACCACCCCCUUGUUUACACUGGAAGUCGGCUUACUGUGAAUUUUUUUUUUUAAAUCACCAUUUCCUUCCGUACCUCUGCUUGCCUCGGCGAUACCUGAUGGAGACCAUCCUCCAUCUCCAUCGCUACACCGGGUAACUCGCUAAAAACAGACUGUGAAUCUGUGCCUCUGUGUCGUCUCCUAGUGGUGAAUGGUGACAGGGUUUAUGGGAAACCUCAAGUUCACGCACUGAGUGAGCAUCCUGCCGGACCCUAUGCCAUCCUGCUGGGAAACCAGGAGUGAGGAAAAGAAAUUGCACAACUUACUUUCAGUCUCAAAAAGCGGUGAGGAAAAACCAGGAUCGCUGCACAUUCCCAGACAUAAAGCUCACUGAACCAGCCAACGGCUGCCGUCAUUGGCCAGUUCCUCGAGGGCCCGCCCCCUCAGCAGCUGUUAUAUAAUCCAACACGGCUCCAUCUGCUGGAGGGGCAGAAAGCUACACCUGGCAUUCCUCCGGGCCUUGUCCAGGUGAUGAAAAAGCCUAAUGUACUCCAGGAGAACUUCGCCUCCAGCCUCUGCAUCCCUUAAGUUCCCUGUCAUCAUUCAAACUGAAGGAAAACGUGCUCACAUCUGCCCCCUCUGGUCAGGGAGGGGAUGAUACGAGUAAAUGAGUUUAUCAGAAUCACCGCCAUUUUGAAGCGGACCCUGGGUCGGCCGUUACCAUGGCCGGAAAUAUGCUCAAGACAGCCUCAUCGAGCAUGUGCACGUCGACUGAGUCAAAUGCUAGCAGGUGUUCAGACAACAAGUGCCAAGUCAUUCUAUAGUUACACGCUCCCCUGGCUAAGGAGAGAAAGUGGACAGAACCAGUUUCUAAGCUCUUACGCUAAACCAGCCACUCAGUGGUACUGGGUGUGUUGGGAGUCUGUGGGUUUAAAUGGUCUAGAGUCAUCCAAAAUGGGGCCUCGAGUAAAAGCUCUGUAAUUUUCGUCUGCAGGACUUUUGUCCAUCAUCAUGGACUCAAUCUCGGGACUGUAGUGUGAGUAAAUGUUCACCUCUGCUGCCAUGUUUCAAAUCAGAGGUCUAAACUUUAGCCGAUGUAUGAGUUUCUGUGCUCCGCAAGGAGAAUCCAGAGUGAUAGUUUAAUGACCACAGCUCAGCACCAGCCUGGACAUGUGCUGUUGGCUAGGGACGCAACACUUAGCAUGUGUGACCUAGCAGUUAUAUGUACAGGGUAUUCGGUUCCUGAUAUUCAAUGGUUCCUGAUAUUCCAUGGUUCCUGAUAUUCCAUGGUUCCUGAUAUUCCAUGGUUCCUGAUAUUCCAUGGUUCCUGAUAUUCCAUGGUUGUGCUUUUGUUCUUUUAUUCGUUUGUUUUUCUGUUUUACUUUUUGUAAGGUUCACGCGGGAGGAGGGCUCAUUGUGGAGAUACCAUCUGUCAGUGUAAAUUUCUCACUUCAAACCACCUGAACUCAGAACAGGCCUGCAGGGACACGUUCCGGAAGUUUCAACACUCCAGCACAAGACAAUACUGGGCAAACUACUAUUUUUAUGCAGGACUGUACAAGAAACACUCAUGCCAUGUAAGGGAUUACCCAAAGUUGUAUUUUACCUGUGUUGGACUGUAACUCUAUAUUGCUUUUGCUCUGUGUAUUUGACAAAGGGAAAAAAAAACA